ACCGCGAGGAUCAUCGGCCCUGCCCCGUGUCCCUGCACAGCAUCACCCCCACCAUGGAGCCGGCUCCCGAGCUGAAGAGGAAUAGUUUUCCCAGCAUGAACUUUGAAGCAGAGAUUCUGACAACUCCAUGCGAUAAUUCAGAGCUCUACAUGAUCCCUUCCAUGAGAAGCCUCACAGCUGAGGAGUAUGUGGAGGCCUUCAAGUCCUUCUUGGAUCACUCAACAGAGCACCAAUGCAUGGAUGAGUUCAACAAGGAACAAAUGCCCAACAUCGUGGCUGGCCUCGGCACUGGAAAAUCGACCAUCAAUGUUCUGGGAGUUGGGAGUGGCACAGGUGAGCAGGAUUUGAAAAUGAUCAGGAUACUGCAGGCUGUGCACCCAGGGGUCUCUAUUGACAAUGAGAUUGUGGAGCCCAACCCACAGCACGUGGCAGCUUACAAAGAGCUGGUGAAUCAAGCUCCAGACCUGCAGAAUGUUUCUUUUAUUUGGCACCAGCUCACUUCCUUGGAGUAUGAACAGCAAGUGAAGGAGAAAGGCACACAUAAGAAAUUUGACUUCAUCCAUAUGAUCCAGAUGCUGUACCGUGUAGAGGAUAUUCCAAAUACUAUCAAGUUUUUCCACAGCUGCCUCGACCAUCACGGUAAACUCCUGAUUAUAAUUUUAUCAGACAGCAGCGGAUGGGCCAGCCUGUGGAAGCGGCACCGGGACUGCCUGCCCGCCACCGACAGCGGCCACUACAUCACCUGCGGCGGCAUCACCGAGGUGCUGCGGCGGCUGGGCGUGCAGCACCGCGUCUACGAGCUCCCGUCGGGCUGGGACAUCACCGAGUGCUUCAGCGAGGGGGACGCGGUGGGCGGCCGCAUGCUGGAUUUCCUGACGGGCACAAAAAACUUCCAGGGCACGGCCCCGCCGGCGCUGCGGCGGCGGCUGCGGGAGGCUCUGCGCCAGCCCGAGUGCAGCAGCACCAGGGACGGCAGGGUCAUCUUCAGCAACAACCUCAGCAUGAUCGUCGUGGACUCCUAG